GUGUUAAAUGUAAAAUUUCAUCAAAAUAUGGUCUGGAGUCUCAGCCACGCUUAGUGGAUAUAAUAGCUGCCGUUCCCAAUGAAUAUAAAAAGGCUCUUCUUCCAAAAUUAAAAGCCAAACCUAUUCGAACAGCUAGUGGGAUUGCAGUAGUUGCUGUCAUGUGCAAACCACAUCGCUGUCCACACAUUAAUAUGACUGGAAAUGUUUGUGUAUAUUGCCCCGGUGGACCUGAUUCUGAUUUUGAAUAUUCAACUCAAUCAUACACUGGUUAUGAGCCAACAUCUAUGAGAGCUAUUAGAGCAAGGUAUGAUCCUUUUCUGCAAACUAGACACAGACUUGAACAGUUGAAGCAGCUAGGUCAUGAUGUUGAUAAAGUAGAGUUUAUUGUAAUGGGAGGAACUUUUAUGGCUCUUCCUGAGGACUAUCGUGAUUAUUUUAUUAGAAAUCUGCAUGAUGCAUUAUCUGGGCAUUCAAGUACAUGUGUAGAAGAAGCAGUUAAAUACAGUGAGAGAUCAAAAACAAAAUGUAUAGGAAUAACAAUAGAAACACGACCAGAUUAUUGUUUAAAAAGACAUCUCAGUGAUAUGCUGAAAUAUGGAUGCACAAGACUGGAAAUAGGAGUCCAAAGUGUUUAUGAAGAUGUAGCUCGAGACACAAAUAGGGGUCAUACUGUAAAAGCAGUUUGUGAGACCUUCCAAUUAGCCAAAGAUUGUGGCUUUAAAGUAGUCGUUCAUAUGAUGCCUGAUCUCCCUAAUGUUGAUUUUGAAAGAGAUAUUGAACAAUUUAUU